AGUAGCUAUAAAGGAAUGGCUGCCAUGUACGGUCAGGCUUUUUGGUCUCAUCACAGAGAUGAAGGAGGCUUCAGCUGCGAGGUCUGUAAAAAGAGAAAUUUUGGGCACUCCCAUUAAUCCGAGAAGAGAUUUCCUAAAGACAACCUUCAAGUGUCUCCUGCUUCUCAGUCUGCUGACCAUUCCAAUCGGCUUCAUAUUGGUCCCAUUUCCAUCCCCUCUAUCGAUAUAUCAGAUGUACAAGAGAUCUGCUGAUGGACCUGCCAAGUUUCAAAAGGCCCUCCCCCUUCCUCGGAAUGACCCGUUGCACCUCUCCACUCAGCACAACAUGAUUUAUCCGGGGAACUACCAUUUUAUCCUGGACGACACCGAGCUGUGUAGGUCCAUCCAUCCGUACCUGGUUCUGAUUGUUCCCGUGGCCCCCGGCAACUGGAAAGCCCGCGACGCCAUCCGUAGAACAUGGGGCAACGAGACUCACAUCCAAGGGGAGCUCAUCCAGACCGUCUUCCUCCUGGGCGUACCUAAAAAAAGUAGCAACAUCGAAGUCCUGCAGCGGAACGUACGCACGGAGAACCGGCUGUACCACGACCUGAUCCAGAGCGACUUCAUAGACAGCUACCACAAUCUGACCAUCAAGACCAUGGUGAUGAUGGACUGGCUGGCCUCUCGGUGCCCUAUGGUGCCCUACGCCAUGAAGAUCGACUCAGACAUGUUCCUGAAUGUGGAGAACCUUGUGAGCAUGUUAAAGACCCCCGGCACCCCUACCACGAUAUACAUGACCGGCAGGCUCAAAUAUGAAAGUCCUGUUGUUCGCGAAAAGGACAGCCAGUGGUACGUGUCUGAGGAUAGCUACCGUGAGAACGAGUUUCCAACCCACCUCGUGGGCAUGGGCUACAUCUUCUCCCUUGAUAUGCCCAGAAGGCUUGUGGAGAUCUCUAAAAGGGUCACUCCCUUUUACGUGGAAGAUGCCUAUAUUGGGGUGUGCAUGAAAACAUUAGGAAUCGACUUCACUCCGCCCCCAGAACGCUAUCACUUCAGACUCUACAUGUAUGAAUUCAAUCAUUGUCAUUUGGCCAAAUCCAUCUGUGCCAUCCUCCAAACUCCAGAACAACUGAUAAAAUACUGGACAUCAUUAAAGGGGCCUGGCCCGGCCUGUUAGGACAUGAGCAUCUACACGGCCGUUUAGUGGAUAAGUUAAACAGACGUAAAACUUGACUUAUAAUACCUUACAAACAACAAUAAAUAAAUUCUUCACAAUAAAUAAUCACUUAGUUAAUGCUAACUAUUAUUAUUUUGAUUAAACUCAUGACUUUC